UCUGCUAAGUGGAACACACUCACACGAGCCCUUAGCAGACUGCUGGUCGGCUGGCUGGAAGCCCUCCCAGGAGAAACAGGAGACGGGACCUGUACAGGGAGAGGGCAGGCCGGCUGUUGGGGGCACUGAUGUGGUCCCAAGGCCGAGCCCAGAGGGGGUCGGGCCUCAGCCUCAGCCCACCAAGGUGUCCACCUUCCACUCCAUGGGGUUGUCCUUGCCCAAGGAGAAAGGGUUAAUUCUCUGCCUAUGGAACAAGUUCUGCAGAUUGUUUCACAGACAGGAUUCCUGGGCUCAAAGCCGAGAUGAGCUGAAUCUGCUGCAGCAGAAGAGGAUCUGGGAGUCUCCUCUCCUUCUAGCUGCCAAAGAAAAUGAUGUCCACGCUUUAAGCAAGCUGCUCAAGUAUGGAGCCUGUGAUGUGCACCAAAGAGGAGCCGUGGGGGAGACAGUGCUGCAUGUAGCGGCUCUUUAUGACAAUUUGGAGGUGGCCAUGGUGCUGAUGGAGGCAGCUCCAGAGCUGGUCUUUGAACCUAUGACAUCUGAACUGUAUGAAGGUCAGACUGCCCUGCACGUCGCUGUCAUGAACCAGAAUGUGAACCUGGUGCAUGCCCUGCUCACUCGCGGGGCCAGUGUCUCUGCCAGGGCUACAGGCCUUGCCUUCCAACACAGUUCCCACAACCUGAUCUACUAUGGGGAGCAUCCUCUGUCCUUUGCAGCCUGUGUAGGCAAUGAGGAGAUCGUGCGGCUGCUCAUAGAGCAUGGAGCCGACAUCCGGGCCCAGGACUCACUGGGAAACACGGUGCUGCACAUCCUCAUCCUGCAGCCCAACAAAACCUUCGCCUGCCAGAUGUACAACCUGCUGCUGUCCUAUGACAGAGGGGACCACCUGCAAUGCCUGGAGUUCGUGCCCAACCACCAGGGCCUCACCCCCUUCAAGCUGGCUGGAGUGGAGGGCAACACUGUGAUGUUCCAGCACAUGAUGCAGAAACGGAAGCACGUCCAAUGGACAUAUGGGCCUCUGACCUCCACUCUCUAUGACCUCACGGAGAUCGACUCUUCCGGGGAUGAGCAAUCCCUGCUGGAACUCAUUGUCACAACCAAGAAGCGGGAGGCUCGUCAGAUCCUGGACCAGACGCCAGUGAAGGAGCUGGUGAGCUUCAAGUGGAAGAGGUAUGGGCGGCCCUACUUCUGCGUGCUGGGUGCCGUCUACUUGCUCUACAUCAUCUGCUUCACUGUGUGCUGCGUCUACCGCCCCCUCAAGCCCAGGACUACGAACAGUACCAGCCCUCGGGACAACACACUCCUCCAGCAGAAGCUCCUUCAGGAGGCCUAUGUGACCCCCCAGGAUGACCUGCGGCUGGUGGGGGAACUGGUGAGCGUCAUUGGGGCUAUGAUCAUCCUGCUGGUAGAGAUUCCAGACAUCUUCAGGUUGGGAGUCAUUCGCUUCUUUGGACACACCAUCCUUGGGGGGCCAUUCCAUGUCAUUAUCGUCACCUAUGCCUUCAUGGUGCUGGUGACCAUGGUGAUGCGGCUCACCAAUGCAGAUGGAGAGGUAGUGCCUAUGUCCUUUGCCCUGGUGCUGGGCUGGUGCAACGUCAUGUAUUUUGCCCGAGGAUUCCAGAUGCUGGGCCCCUUUACCAUCAUGAUCCAGAAGAUGAUCUUUGGUGACCUUAUGAGAUUCUGCUGGCUGAUGGCUGUCGUCAUCCUGGGUUUUGCUUCAGCCUUCUAUAUCAUCUUCCAGACAGAGGACCCUGAUGAGCUGGGCCAUUUCUAUGAUUACCGCAUGGCACUGUUCAGCACCUUUGAGCUGUUCCUCACCAUCAUCGACGGCCCAGCCAACUACGACGUGGAUCUGCCCUUCAUGUACAGCAUCACCUACGCUGCCUUUGCCAUCAUCGCCGCCCUGCUCAUGCUCAACCUCCUCAUCGCCAUGAUGGGCGACACCCACUGGCGAGUGGCACAUGAGGGCGAUGAGGUCUGGAGAGCCCAGGUAGUUGCUGCCACUGUGAUGCUGGAGCGGAAGCUACCUCGCUGCCUGUGGCCUCGUUCCGGGAUCUGUGGGCGUGAAUAUGGGCUGGGGGACCGCUGGUUCCUGCGGGUGGAAGACAGGCAGGACCUCAACCGCCAUCGAAUCCGGCGCUAUGCACAGGCCUUCCAACCACAGGACACCCCCUGCUCUGAGGACCGGGACAAACACCCAGAGGAAAAAUUAGACAUGGGCCACCUGCUAGGGCCCUACCUGUCCUUUCCUUCACCCUCAGUGUCUCGUAGCACCUCCCGUAGCAGCACCAACUGGGAAAGGCUUCGGCAAGGAACCCUCCGGAGGGACCUGCGGGGCAUGAUCAACAGGGGCUUGGAAGACGGGGAAGGUUGGGAAUACCAGAUCUGAAUGCUCACUAGUUCUUGAAGCAUCAAGUC